AUGGCCUCAGCAACAGGCAGUCCAGAAGAAAACCCUGCAACCCAGGGUCGAGGAGAAGACGAGCCCCUCCUCGGCCGAGCAGGCGACGCCUCACAGCAAGAUGGACAGGGCAUACAAUUUAACUUCGUCCUCGGCACCGCUAUAAUCGCCCAAGCAGGUAUCUGGAUCCUCACAGCCACCAUCUGGGCCUCCGCCUUCAUUGCGCCUCUCUCCCUCUUCUCCGCCCAUCCCCUGCUCAACUCCGCCGGUCUGCUCUUGACCACCCAAGCCAUCCUAAUUCUCCAACCAACACAUGCCCCUAAGCAAAAACACCUCGGUACCAACAUACACGCCGCCAUAAAUGGCACCGCCGUUCUAUCCCUCCUUGCCGCCUUCAUAAUCAUCGAGUACAACAAAUUCGCCCACGCCGGCGCCCACUUCACCUCCCCGCACGCCAUCCUUGGACUCAUCACAUACAUCUUCUUCGCUAUUCAGGCUAUUGUGGGAAUAACGCAGUAUUAUACUCCGGGCAUUUAUGGAAGUGUGGAUAAUGCAAAGGCCAUUUACAAAUAUCACCGCAUGAGUGGCUACUUGCUGCUCAUACUCAGCUUCGCAACGGUCGCCGCGGCCACGCAGACUGGUUUCAAUAAAACGACCCUGCACAUCAAGCUGUGGGCUGUCAUCGUAGCUGCUGUUAUCACGCUGAUUGGCCUGCUGCCGAGGAUCAAGAAGCAGAAACUAGGAUUUUAG